AUGCAGCACCUAGGCAAGGGCGCCCUCCGUGUAGCCAAGAACAUCUCCAAGGGCUACUCCGACACACAAGCCUUAGUCCGCGAUGCCACCUCCAACGACCCAUGGGGGCCCUCGGGCACCCAGAUGAACCAAGUCGCCCAGCUCACUUAUAACCAGAACGAUUUCGUCGAGAUCGUGGAGAUGCUCGACAAGCGCCUGAAUGACAAGGGCAAGAACUGGCGGCACGUCUUCAAGUCCCUCCAAGUCCUCGACUACUGCCUGCACAGCGGCUCCGAGAACGUCUGCCAAUACUUCAAGAACAGCCUCUACAUCAUCAAGACCCUCAAAGAAUUCCAGUACAUCGACGAGGACGGCAAAGACCAGGGUGCCAACGUCCGCCAGAAGGCCAAAGACGUCGCCAACCUGCUCACCGACGCCCAGCGUCUCCGCGAUGAGCGCCGCUCCCGCGCGAGCAUGCGCGACCGUAUGAUCCGCGGCAUGCCCGGCGGCUCCGCGGAUGCCACAGCCGCAGCCGCUACACCAGCGGCAGACUCCUCGCCCCAGCCUGGCGCCGAUGGCAGUGGCGGGGUGUCGAGGCGGCGCAGGAAGCGGAAUGCAGACGAGGAUCUAAAGCGGGCGCUCGAAGAGAGCAAACGGGCGUACGAUGCGGAGGCGGGGUAUGGGCGGCUGACGACCGAGGACGAGGACAUUGCGCGUGCUAUCAAGCUCAGCCAGGAGGAAGCGGCACGGAGGAAAGCCAACGCCCAGAAUCCGCCGCCGCCUUCGGAAGCACCUGUAGCAGUUCCCCAGAGCAGCAAUAACCCUUUCCCGCUCAUCGAUGUCUCCGAUGGAUCUAGCGAUGGUCUUCAGCCACAGUUUGCAAGUCUUCAGCCUCAGUUCACCUCCUUCAAUCCAUGGCAGCAGCAGGCACAACAGGAAGCCGUGCAGGCAGAUUACCUCCGCCAGCAGCAAGAGUGGCAGAUGAUGCAGCAACACCAGAUGCAGGCGCAGGCCACGGGCAAUCCGUGGUUCCAGCAGCAGCAGCAACCCCAGACGGCGCCAUAUGGGCAGCAGCCACAGAUGUCCCUUGCGCCUCAGCCGACAGGCUUCGGCUCAAACAACCCCUUUGCACCAGCACAGCAGUCCUCCCCGCCCAUCCCGGCCUUCCCCACCUUCUCCACUGGCAGCACAGGACCCCCGAACGGCUAUUCACAAAGCCCGCAAGGCCCUUUCGGCGCCUUUGGCAACAACAUCGCAUCGCCAACGCCCAAUUUCGGCGCGUCGUCGGGCUCGCCACCUCCGCCAACAAACGGCAGUGGGUGGAAUCCGAACGCGAACGCGAGCCCUGGCCCCGGAUCGAGGAUGGGCGCGACAACGCCGCGCGCGGCUGUACGCUCGGACUCGGAGCACGCACACCUCGCGAAUAUAUUUGCGAACCGCGACGACGGGCAGGACACAUUUGGGAACGUCGGUGCGCUUCGGUACGGGCAGACGGACGCUGGGCGGGCCGUUGCUGCGACGGGGACGGGCGGGAGCGGGCAUAAUCCGUUUGCGAUGCGCCAGCAGCAGCAGCAGCAGCAGCAGCAGCAGAUGCAGAACGGAAACCAGCCGUUCUUCUCGUUUUGAUCGCUCAAGCUGAAGUACGAUGUACUUCCUUUGCUGGUUCCUUGAUGUCCUCUUGAUUUUGUUUGGUUAUCAUUAUCACAGUUGCUCUACCUUAUAUUAUGCGUCGAGUAGGCUGAUAUACUGUGUUUCCU